AUGCCUCAACAGGCUGAAAACAGUGGGCUCAAAGGCCCUCGCGGGAUCAAAUUCUGCCGCUGUUGUUUUAUUGCAUCGACAAGGAACUCUCAACAACCUAGCACUACACUAGACUUCGAUGUCGUUACACACGGUCGGUACCAUCACCAGCUUAAGCGCAUGCAAAAGACCAUGGCCGACAUACAUGAAGAUAAGGCUACAAAGGCUGCAUAUGGCUCGCAAUGGGGGAUAGCCAAUCCAGCGCCACCACUUGAAACUAUCUCUCCGGCUCUCGAUUUAAUACUCUCGCGUCCAUUCGAUACAGCCCAUUCAGAAUAUGCCGGGUUGACCAACCUAAUGCACAGUCUCAUCCGUGACGGCGUACUAACUCCCUCAGCAGUAGAUGAAUACACACUCGAAUUACGAGCAUGGCCAUUUCCACCCGGUGGGCGGCGACUACAAUCACCAAAACAUCAUCUGGCCAGUUACAACAUGUCGUCCCAUGCUAUCUGGUCCAUCAUCAUCCCCCCCUUCCUUCGCAGCUGGCUCAGACCCCAUCAUAUAAAAGCCAACUUUUAUAGAGAGGCUUCUCAAGACCAUGAACCGAUUGAUAUUGUUAUCCAAGCUUGCACGGCAAUUGCCAAGAGUAACAGUCUUUUGAUGGGGUCUAAGUCAUUAAACACCAGUCGGAUUGACACUUUACGAAGUAUUAGGAAGGCUAGAGAACUAUUCAACCAGCUCUGUGUAUACGCAUCCAGAUCCUUGAAUUCGCGGGCAGGGUCUGUUAUGUCCGUCCAGGGGCAAGACAACCAGGGGACUGUUGGAGAUGAUAUAGCUGCCUCAGGUCGCUCGUUACAAUUCUAUAAGCGCCGGGUCCGAGAAACAAACAAACAUAAUAUCGAAAAAGCUCUUCUCAAAAAGCAGAAUGUACAAAUGACCAUACGCUUUAUCCUUCGGAACGCCUACAGCGAAAAGGACCCCGAUAUAACAGCCCAAUUACAGGAGCUUUAUACACAAUGCCCCACCCUAUUUAAGCAAGUGCUCUCUCGCGCUAAUCGAAACGAGUUGGCUGAUAUGGCUGAUGCUGAUGCUAAUGCCGAUGAUAUAGAGAAGGCCUUUGUGAUGUCUGAAAACAAUACACACGUCCAAACCGUAAUGAUUAACCGCGUUGACAGGAAAGAGCUUAUGCAAACCACACAUCCCAUUCAAGGCAAUAACCUAUUGCCUAUGAAAAACCGCCAAAUAUUUCCUUUAUUCAUAUCUAAACUCCGCGCAGCAUAUUAUCGCGACUAUGGCUAUCCCAUUUCGCACCCUACGGGAUAUGAAAAUAGCGACAAGAUCGCAUGGUCCCAUAAACUUGGGUUCAAUGAUAAGGCAACCAGGGUGCGGUAUGUCUUCAGCAGGGGCGAUUAUAUUCAAUAUAACGGCGGAGACUGCUUUGGUCGUAUCGAUCAGAUUUUCACAUUUGACGUCUAUGGUGAUACUCACAUCUUUGCAAUAAUUACGCCGUUGCAGCGAACAGGGGAGCGUGAUAGGUUGUUAGAACUGGAAGUAUUACGCGAAAUGGAAGACGAGCCAACUAUUAUCGGGAUUACAGCUAUCGAGCCAUUCAAACCAUACCUGGUCGAUGUUGCCAAUGUUGGCGUUGUUAAUGUAGACUGGAGCGUCCGUUGGUUAUAA